AUGAUUGCAUCUCAAGAUCGACAGAAGAGUUAUGUAGAUCCCAAGAGAAGGUAUAUAGAGUUUUCAGUUGGUGAUUGCGUCUUCCUUAGAGUAUCACCAAUGAAAGAAGUUAGAAUAUUCAGAAAGAAAGGGAAGUUAAGUCCUAGAUUUGUAGGGUCGUUUGAGAUUCUAGAAAGAAUUGGGCAAGUGGCUUAUUGGUUAUCACUGCCACCAGCACUCUCAGGAGUGCACAAUGUAUUUCAUGUAUCUAUGUUGAGAAAAUAUUUGUCGAAUUCGUCUUAUGUGCUUAGCUAUGAGACCUUGAGCUUACGGGAAGAUCUUUCGUAUGAGGAAAAGCCAGUACAGAUAUUGGAUAAGAAGGACAAAGGUGUUGAGAAACAAGACGACUCCAUUGGUUAA